GUUAAACCACCACCUUCACUCUCUCUCCCUCUCGCGCACAGUGGAGCGGUCACAGCUAGUCCCGGCCCAUCUAUUCUAUUCAACUCUCUCUUUCUCUCUCUACAAAAACCAACGGCAUGUUCUCUCUCUUUCUCUCUCUCUCUCUCUCUAGACGACAUUUUUACCUCGGGCGACAAUAAUUCCUCGUAAUCCACUGCGAUUCCGGCGGAGAUCAUCUUGGAGAUCGCAACCAACGCACGCUCGGUCCUGCUCCGGUCCGAGGUUGUCGUCGUCGUCGUCUUUCGGAUCAAGCGCCUCGAGCCUUGGGAGGACACCUCGUGAUUUUUGUUUUUUUUUUUUUUGUCCUGUUCGGUGGGCCAAUGGGGGUGAAGAUGAUGAGGUGGCGGCCGUGGCCGCCGCCCCCGGCGACGAGGAAGUACGAGGUGAGGCUGGCGGUGAGGAGGCUGGAGGGGUGCGAUCCGGCGCCGGCGGGGGAGGGGGCGAGGCUGGCGGUGGAGAUCCGGUGGAAGGGGCCGAGGGCGGCGGCGUUGAUGAGGCGGGUGGCCGUGAGGAGGAACUUCACGAGGGAGGAGCGCGUGGGGGAGGGCGGCGUCGUCGAGUGGGGUGAGGAGGAGGAGUUCGCGACGGUGUGCAGCCUCUCGGCGCACAAGGACAACGCGUUCCAUCCCUGGGAAGUCGGUUUCACCGUCUUCAAUGCAAUUGAUCAGCCCACGAAGAACAAAGUUCCGGUUGUUGGAGCAGCAUCAUUGAACCUCGCCGAAUUUGCUUGUGCGACUGAGCAUGAAGAAUUCGAGCUAAGUGUCCCUCUGGUUACUCCUGGUGGCACUGCAAAUUCAUCUUUAUUGCUCUGUAUUGUUCUCAGCUUAGUAGAACUGCGCACUACCCAGGAAACAACAAUCGACAUGGUGCAGACGCGAAUUACACCUGUGGCAUCUCCACCACCACAGUCGGCUGAAGCUGUUUCAGCGGGAAAAGAUGAGCUUUCUGCUCUUAAAGCUGGUUUGAAAAAAGUAAAGAUUUUCACCGAGUAUGUUUCCACCAGAAGAACAAAGAAGGCUUGUCAUAGGGAUGAGGGCAGUGAUGGAAGAUAUUCUGGCCAGAGCGAGGAUUGCGACAAUAACUAUACAGGUGACUCUGAUUCCUUUGAUGAUACAAAGGAAGGAGAGUUGGAUGAAAGUAAGGGAGAAUCCGGUUUUAGAAAUUCAUUCAGCUAUGGGACACUGGCAUAUGCAAACUGUGCUGGAGGCUCAUUUUACUCUAGCAUGAGGAUAAAUGCUGACGCUGAGGAUUGGGUAUACUAUAGCAACCACAAAUCGGAUUUUGGUUCCUCGCUUUCAGAGGAUUUGGCUGCAUCGACUUUUGAGCAAUCACAGUCACAUACUUCAAGGCGUGGCCUUCUGUCUUGGAGGAAAAGGAAACUGAGUUUCAGGUCUCCUAAAGCAAAGGGCGAACCAUUGCUAAAGAAGGCCUACGCUGAAGAAGGUGGAGAUGACAUUGAUUUUGCCCGUCGUCAGCUUAGCUCAGAUGAAUCACUCUCCUUUGGGUGGAGUAAGACAGACGAAGAUUCAUCUGGACAUCGUUCUUCAGUCUCUGAAUUUGGAGAUGACAAAUUUGCUGUUGGCGCUUGGGAGCAAAAAGAAAUUAUAAGCCGUGAUGAACAUAUGAAGCUCAAGACUCAGGUUUUCUUUGCUUCUAUCGACCAGCGAAGUGAGCUUGCAGCAGGGGAAAGUGCAUGUACUGCUCUUGUUGCUGUGAUAGCUGAUUGGUUUCAAAACAAUCGUGAUUUGUUGCCCAUCAAGUCCCAGCUUGACAGCCUGAUCAGAGAUGGAUCACUAGAAUGGAGAAACUUAUGCGAGAAUGAAAUGUAUCAGGAACGAUUUCCGGACAAGCACUUUGAUCUCGAAACUGUUCUUCAAGCCAAGAUUCGCCCCCUUUCUGUGGAUGCUGGGAAGUCAUUCAUUGGGUUCUUCCGUCCAGAAUGUAUGAAAGAGGGAAAGUUCGAUGUUUUUGAUGAUGCAAUGUCCUUUGACGAUAUCUGGGAAGAGAUAAGCAAAACGGCGUCGCAAACAUGCGAGGAUGAAACUCAGGUGUACAUUGUCAGUUGGAAUGACCAUUUUUUUGUCCUUAAGGUUGAGCCAGAAGCCUACUACAUAAUUGAUACACUGGGAGAGAGACUCUACGAGGGUUGCACUCAGGCCUUCAUCUUAAAAUUCGACCACAGUGCUUCAAUUCUCAAAUUGCCGCCACCUGUCCAAACAUCUGGCAAUAACACGGCUGCUCAGCAAAACUCGGUUCCUGUGGAACAAAAAACCCCUGUGCCUGAACAAAUCAAGCCCCAGCAGAAUUUGGAAGUGACGGAAGAAGUAAAACUCGAUCCUGGAGAGCCAACUGAAAGUCAUGAGAAGGAAGAGGUCCUAUGCCAGGGGAAGGAGUCGUGUAAAGAGUAUAUUAAGAACUUCUUGGCUGCAAUUCCUAUAAGAGAACUGCAGGACGAUUUAAGGAAAGGUCUGAUUGCAUCAACACCUCUUCAUCACCGGCUACAGAUUGAAUUGCACUACACGAAGCUCUUACAGUCGCUGACCAUAACUCCAGCAGAACAAAUGGUCGAAACAGCACAAACUCUUGCCAGCAGCAGCAGCAGCACAGAUAGCCUCAUGGAGACAUGACUCUGUAGUGUGGUAACCGUAUUCUUAGCUACUACUAACUUGAUUUUGUCAAUAUGCGUCGUGUCAUAAUGUGAAGCGGGUUGAAAGUGCGAAAUUUUUGGUUUUGGGAGCAAAGAGAGCUUGCUCAUGUUUUGGGACUUGUACAGAGAGAUCCUUUGAUCUGUGUGUCUGUGUUGGACACUAAUUUUAGCUUGGCUGAAAAGAGGUCUCACGUGAGGAUCCGUACUUCUACGUAAUUCUGACUCGGUUCUAUUCCCUGGCAACUACGAAAUUUUGUGUGAUUGUUUUGUCCCUUU